AUGGCUGCCCCCAAAUUUGCCGGCAUAGGCAAGGUGGAUCAGAAGAAGAUGCGCAAGCAGAUGCGCGAGAUGGCCCGCCAGGGGGCCUUCAAGGUCGCCGAUCUGCCUCAGACUGUCUCUGAGGAGUGCGAGGCCGUCGAUGAGUCUGGUGGUGUACGUCUCAAUGGUAUAUCCUUCACUGCCCAUUCGGACAAGUUCCAAGACAAGGCCUCGUCGGACCUGAACCCUGCGUCCACCCCUUGGCUUCCUAACGGAUCCAAGGCCGACAACGACGACAAGAAGGUCAACGGCCAAGUCUCUCGCAACCAGUCCUUGAACGGAAUGACGAGCGGCUCUCACUCGAGCGCAACUUAUCAGGAUGGCGAGAUCGACGAGGACCAGGACAAGCCCGACAUUGUCAGUCAGGUCUCCUCUCCUGCUACUACAACCUUGCCUCCAGCUGUGUACAACAACAGCCAGAUCAUGUCCGGCUUGCAGUUCGCCCCCGGCCACUGGGCUGCUCCCCAGCAGAACGCUCCUGUCUCUACCAGCAGUGUAGCCACUGGUGGACACCUCAGCGGCAGCGCUUCGAUGGGCAAUCUCCUUUACCACACUCCCACCCGCCAGAACAAUGGUAUGGGUGUUCAUCUCUCUCAUGGAGGUAACCGAGCUACUCUCGACACGGUUGUCUCUAGCCCAGUUGGCAAUGAUACCCCCACAGCGUCCAACCUUGGCUUGAUGACCGAGCCGCGCAACUUUGCUCCCCGUGUGACCGACAACUUUGCUCAUCUUGGCAUGCCGCCCAAGUUCCUGUUGAAGAGUGCGGACGGCAAUCCCACGACCCCUGCCGACUCUCACGAUCCCUUCGCUGCCCAAGCCAACCAAGGCGGCCCUGUUCAGAUGCCUCUUUUUGGCUCUCAAUACAACGCUACGCAGAUGUUCAUGAAUGGCCAGGCCUCAUUUGGCACCCCUACUGGCGAGACUCUCAACUUUGACAACCUCCCUCAUGAUGACCAGUCAGCCAACACCAUGGGACCCAGUCCCCAGCCUUCUGUCAACAACGGAGGUCACACUCAGAAUGCUCAGGUCCACAAUGUUCAGAACGUGCCCCUUCAGCAUGUUCUCGACAAUGGCAACGUCAUGAAGCCGCAGGGAUCGACUCAGUCCUACACCAGCCAGGGCGAAUUGGUUCCAUACCAAGUGGGUUAUCCGCCGCGAAAUGUCGCGCCUCAGACAGUCGUGACGCCCUACCUGGCCCCUCCCGAGGCCCCUCCUACCGAUUACAUUCGCAGCCAGCGGUCUCCUCAGCUCAACCGUCUGACGGGUACACCCACGGGUUUCCCCUCUGUCGAGACAGCUCUGAACCAUGCCAACUUCCCGUUCAUCGAGCCGGCCAACCGCCCGGGUAACUCUGUGGUUCGAGGUGUUGUCAAGAUUGGUAACAUUCCCUUUGUGACCAACCGUUCCGAGAUCAUUGCUGUUCUCGGCCGCAACUCCCGCAUCCUCAACGAUACUGAGGAGCCCGUUCACAUCAUCAUGGAGCGUGUCACUGGCAAGACCACUGAUGCUUACGUCGAGUUCCACACUCUGGAGGAUGCCACUAAGGCCGUCGAAAAGCAUCAGCAGAACCUCAGUCGCGGCAGAAUUACUCGCAUCGGUCAGCGCCCCGUCGAGAUUGAGCUCUCGAGCCAGUCUGCUCUCAUGAAGGACCUGUUCCCUUCCUCUCGCGGUGUCUUCUGGAACGGAUGCAACCCUCAGGUGCUUCCGGACAACGCUCAGGAGCCUUGGGAGAACUUCAAGGGUUUUGUCUCGAACGAGGAGAUGACCAUGCUCGUCAAGCACGUCGAGGUGCCUCACCGCUCCCCCUUCUCCAAGGAGUGCCCUCAGCGUCCUUUCGAGUGCCUUAUUAGCACCUUGACCAAGUUCCCUUGGCACAUGAAGACGCACAUUACUGUGCAGCAGCGCCAUGCCAUGCACAAGGCCACAUGCGACCUGCUUCGCAUCCUGGUCAGUAGCAUCCGCGACCACCGUGACGAGGUCAAUUUGACCCAGCGUCUCCUGAAGCGCGUGGUUGCUGCAGCGAUGCGCUGUGAGGGCUUCUCGGCCACCCAAAAGGACGACGUCGCCUACCUGGUUGACAUGGAGGAGAUGGAGCAGAGGUCUUUCGGACAGCCGCGUUUUGCCGAGAGCUGGCGCCACCUCUAUGUGCUUGUACCCAAGAACGGCGUUCCCCUGGACGUGAUCGAGUGGUACAUUUCUGUCAUUCGCGACGAGACCAAUCGAUUUCUUGAGUCGCAACCAUUCCAGGAGAAGUGCCAGACCCGCGCUGUCGGCGACGCCACGGAUGGCUACUUUGGCUACUUCUGGCGCGAGCUGAACCACCCCGUGGGCCCGGUCUUUGACACUAUGACUCUGGAUCAGCUGGCCUCUCAUGAGUAUCAGACGAUGGAGUCGAUCAUUCGUCGUGCUCUGAUCACUGCUGACGUCUACCACCGUUCGGCGCUGCCUGGCAUUGCUGCCCACUGA